AUGGCGGCGGAGCUUACCUCAACCCGACUCAAUGCGGAGAAUCAUUUGCUCUUGGAUCAAUCGCUCCUUCGUCUUCCCCAUGAACUUGCACGUCGGAACUUCAAGUCUUUUCAACGGCUCGUUGAACGGGAGAGGGAACUUGCUCUUCCCGGACUCAAAGAGACUGCUAAUGCCUCCAUGUCGAAUUCCCGAGCGCCCGACCAAGCCAUCGCUGCCCUCGAUGCUAUGAUAACCCGGAUGCAAGGAAUGAAGCGUAAAAUGGAGAUUCUGCACCAAGAAGAGAAAAACAUCCAUGAACAGUCCAGGAAACGCAUCCAGCACCUUGAAAGUCUUCAGCAAAUCCCAAGUUUGGCAGACGUCAAGUACGACCAGUGGUCACGAGUCAGGUUAAAUAGGCUCAUUGUCGAUCAUAUGCUGCGCUCUGGAUAUUUAGAAAGUGCACGUCAGCUAGCUCAUGAGAAGGGAAUUGAGGAUCUAGUGGAUCUUAACGUGUUUGUGCAGUGUCAACGUAUUGCUGAUAGCCUGCGUCAUGGUGAGACAAAAGACGCUCUCCAAUGGUGUGGUGAAAACAAGGCGGCAUUGAAGAAGAGCCAGUACAAUCUCGAAUUUGAACUCCGAUUGCAACAAUACAUUGAAUUGAUCAGGAGUGGGAACAGGAAAAAAUAUGUUGAUGCAAUGAUGCACGCUAAGAAGUAUCUCGCCCCGUAUAUAGAGACACAAUCCGCCGACAUACACAGGGCCGCAGGACUACUUGCUUUCCCACAAGAUACUAAAGCUGAACCUUAUAAGUCUUUAUACUCUCUUGAGAGAUGGAACCGUCUCUCCGAGCUAUUCAUUCGCACUCAUCAUGAGCUAUUGUCAUUAUCAUCCCGCCCUCUACUUCAUAUCGCACUAUCAGCAGGGUUAUCAGCUUUAAAGACGCCCUCGUGUCACUCAGCCUACACCUCUUCAAGUUCCAAUUCUCUCUCUACCACAACAUCCGUCUGCCCCAUUUGCUCUACCGAGCUCAACGAACUUGCCCGCAAUAUGCCUUAUGCUCACCAUACGAAGAGCUACGUCGAAAGCGAUCCGAUAGUUCUACCCAACGGCAGAAUUUAUGGCCAGCAGCGGCUGAUAGAGUUGAGCAAGAAUGUCGGUUGUGUUGACUCCGGAAAGGUCAAAGAUCCAACCACCGGCGAAAUUUAUGAUGAAAGUGAAAUGAAGAAAGUAUACAUCAUGUGA